UCUAAACGAACGCUGGCCCCCAGCAUAAAUCGCUCGACGUAAAUGUUCAAUAUGGAUGAGCUGUAUUUAUCAACAAAACUUAUAAUCAGUUGAUUUAAUUGGUCGGUUCUUUUAAAGUGUACUAAUAUAUCGAAACAUUAAGUUACCUAUUUGAAUAUAUAAAACUAAGUGUUGUUUUUAAUUGUAUCACUUGCGGUUUUGCAAUCUUAAGGACAACAUGUUAUACGGUUUUUUGAGUUUGGCUGUCGUCCUUCUUGCUACUGUGGGAGCCUCAAAUAAUAUUGAUGGCCCAUCUGUCUGGCAAGUUACAAAACCUAUUGGCCAUGCUGAAGAACCCCAUUGGGAUGGAAGAAAAAAUAUUCUGUAUUUUGUAAAUAUACCAGCUGGAGAAGUCUACGCAUAUCAUUACCAUUCCGAAAUAUUGAAGAAGAUCACUCUCAAUGGUAACGUUUCGCCAGUCGUACCUUCAAGAAGAAACCCAAAUCUGCUGUUGGUCGGUGUUAACAGAUCAAUAGUUGCCGUUGAAUGGGACGGAAAGAAUAAAUUGGGAGACCGAGCUGUACUGACCACAGUAAGCAAGCAGUUUCCUGGCAGUAGGUUCAACGAUGGUAAAGCAGACAAACAGGGAAGACUCUGGUGGGGUACGAUAGGUGUAGAAAUAAACUUAGUAGUAAAUCCUGACCAAGCUUUCUUGUACAAAAUAACCAAACACAAUAUCAGAGACCCAACCAUCGCCAUUUCACAUGUUACCAAUAGUAACGGACUAGCAUGGAACAAAGCUAAUGACAAAUUUUAUUACAUCGACACACCAACUCUUAAGGUAGUCGAAUAUGAUUACUCUGAUGAAAAUGGAACAAUCUCAGGGGGCAGAACAGCGUUUGAUCUCAACGAUUACAAAACAAAUAUUACAGGAUUGCCAGAUGGUAUGACAAUUGACGAUGAAGAUAAUUUAUACGUUGCUUUGUAUGGAGGUGGAGCCAUAAUCAAAGUUGAUCCUAAGACUGGAAAACUUCUAAAUGUGAUUGCCAUUCCAUCUAGAGAUGUCACAUCUGUCAUGUUUGGAGGACCCAAUCUCGAUAUUCUAUUCGUCACCACUUCUAAAGUUAGUUUAACUCCUAAAGAACUAUUACAAUGGCCUGCUGCUGGCAGCGUGUUUGCUGUCAAAAAUCUUAAUGCCAAAGGUUUACCUGCUUUUACUGCAGAUAUCAUAGAUAGUAUACCAUCAAGGAACCUUUUAGAUAAUCUCUUCAGUCCCGAUUUAUUCCCAAGGGAAUCUAAUAUCCAAAAAUAUGUUGAACCUCGAAAUACAGAACCUGGGUUGUGGGAAUCAUUAAUGAAAGCACUCCGAACUUUCUUUUAGUUUUUAUAAUAAAUUUAUUUAAAAUUAAAAA